GAAACGGAAAAUUGCAGUGCAAAUAAAGUGAACAAGUGGGUGCGAAAAAACAAAAACAAAAAAGCAAAAAACCGCCCAACAACAAAUAUAGGCGACAUACCGCAGGCAAGUUGCCGUCAAGCGCCCCAACAACAACAGCAAGAAGCCAAAGGCAGUUAGCCGUAGAAGCCGCCAGCAACAACAGCAAGGAGGGCGCCAGCAGCCCUUGGCAACAAACAGCCCAUAAUAGGAAGUAGACGCACAAAAGCCGCCCAACAACAGCAACGGCAAGUAGCCAACAAGACGCCGGUAAGCAGCAGCACAACAACAAUAGUCAGCACCCACACACAAAUACUCAGCAGCGGUUUGUAAAAAGAGGAAUGCCCAAGCCCCAAGAAUUCAGCAAAUGCCGACUGUGCUGCCGCACCCAUUCGCUGCGCUAUUGCCGCGCCUUUCUGGCCAUGACGCCGGACGAACGCUAUGAAUCCGCUAGAGUGCACCGCUACUGCAUAAAUUGCUUAGCGACCUCUCAUGUAACGGGCGCCUGUGAUUCCUCAGGCAGUUGUCAUCGCUGUGGAUUAGCCCACCACACGUUGCUGCACCGAUCCGCCUCCACACCGACCGAGCGUACGCAGAAGACUGAGCGCAAGUCCAAUGACAAGCGCAAGCCGAAUCGUCAAAGGACCCAAACCUCGCGUGAGCAAGGAAAUGCUACGCAGUCAGCACGCAGACCGACCGGACGAGCAGUAAAGAAAGCAGCUCAACAACCACGUCCCGUUCCUGCUUUCCAACGGCGUAUCCGCGGGCUGUUUAACCAGGCUUGGGAAACUCUGGAGCAACUGCAGGACCUGGUUCAGGUCUCGUCGCCGCAGGCCCGCCGGCAUGUCGAGGACAUGGGUCCGAAUUUAAUCGAGUUUUAAAGAUUAAGAAAUAUAUUUUGCACUUAUCCUUUAUACUAUGU